ACAGUCUGUACAGGGGGUGAAGCUAAAGCUGAACCCUGCCCUGUACAGCUCAUUCGUACUGAGGUUACUUUCAGGACCAGCUGCUGGUGGCCAGAAGGGCAGGCUGCAAUGUAAUUCAGCCAGACAGAGGAAAAUCAAGAGGAAGACUCUAGACUACAAAACUAUGAAACAGCAGACUGGAGAAUGGUUUGAUGACCUAAAAGCAAAGCGAUUUUUAGAAUACCCCAAUGCUACAGAUCUUCUUCAGGGUGUUUUACAUGAGGAACCCAAAUCUGGAUUUCUUCAGGCAAGGAGAACGGCUUUGACAAAAAACAAAAGCCUUACAUUUUUGGAAAUAAUGUUUGCUAAAUCUACAGUGCUAGUGGAGUCGGCAAAGAGAUGUUCUAUAGAUCAAAAGAAUUUUGCAAUUAAAGAAGGUUCAUCUUCCCCGGGUGCCGAUGAACAGCUAAGUGUCACACAAAUUCUUAAAGAUCUGGAAUUCAUUCUUGACCUAGAAAUGAAAAACAGCAGUGGUAAUGCAGAAAUUGCUGAUAUAAAUGGUUUCAGUCCAGAGAAUGUAAUGGUUGACAAGAAGCUGCCUGCGGAUUACAGCUCACAUCAAGUCUGGCAUUAUCCAGGUCUCCUUAACUUGGAAUCAUUUCAGACAACUUUAUCUCCAAUAAAAAAUGCUAAAUUGGGUUCAGGAAAAGGUUUACUAGCAAAUAAAUAUGAUUAUUCAAAGGAUGUUAACAUAGUGGAUGUUUAUCCUUGUCCUAAGCAAAUGUAUCAACAUACAGAAAAUGAUGCAUUGCCUGUAUCCCCUGGACUGUUAGAACCACUUUGCUCCUCACCUUACUUGGCAGAACCAUUUCGAUUUUCAGAAGAUUACUUAGGACAAGCUUCUAAAUUUAUUGACACACCUUAUACUGAAGGUUGUCAUUUAGAGCCUAAAGAACUUGCAGAACUUUCUUGUGAAACCACAUUAGAAACAGAAAGCACCAUAGAAUUGCCAACCAUGAUACCAGCAAACUCUUUGAUUUUCAUGGAUGAACAUGUACCUUUGGUUGAUACAACUUCACCAGAUAAUGGAAUAUAGAGGGACAGCUCAAUUGCUAUAACAUGUCUUGCUUUAAGAAGUAAAUCUGGUGUUUUUAUUUUUUUUGUAUUUCUGUCACUAUUCUAUUAACUGACAGAUCAUCCAUGUGUGUGAAUGUGAAUUCAUGAAUUUCCAUUUACACACAUCUAUAAUAUAUACUAUGAGUUUAGACCAUUUUGUGUUUUAUUA